CCUGUCGGCUUGCCAUACAUUCACAUGACUUCACUGCGUGUGACUGACCUGCAUUCCUCAAGUGGCACUAGUCCUCCGUAAAACUGACUCGUUUUAGUGGCGAACAGAAAAGAAGCUGUCGCGCUGUGAUAUGUAGUCUAAUGCAUCUUAUUGUUAGCUGUACCAAACAGCUGAUCUGAGUCUGCGGUGUCUCGGAAGAUUUGGUAACUCGGAGUUGCAGCUAAAAUAUUCAGUUCUGCUUUUUGUCAAGAGUUCACCUGCAGCCUGUUGGGUUGGAAAUUCAUGGAUACAAGAUAACUGAUGACUGAGGGACGUUUAGCUUUUUCUGGGCUGCGUGUCGCUGAUGGCUGAGCUUAUGCCGCCAGACUUAAGAAGGUGUACUUAUUUCUUCCUGUAUGAUGGAUCCAAGGUCCAAGGAGAGGGUGACCGUACAAGAGAGGGGAUCUGCUACUUCUACCCUGAAGAGACCCCUUUAGAUAGGCAGGAGCUGCUCUGUGGCCAGCUUGCUGGCGUGGGCCGCUGUGUCUCUGAACUUUCCUUUUCUCCUGUGCGCAUACUGAGGCUGCACCGCAACAAGUUUGCCAUCCGCAUGAGAGAUGACUUCUUUUGGGCUCUUGGCUGCUCAGUGGAAGUCCCCACCGUCAGUGUCUGUGAACUCCUGGAUCAGCUAAUAAACCUCUUUUGUUUCUACAACGGCUCUGUCCGAAAGAGCUACCAGCUUAACAGUCAGGAAACUUUGGCUGCUCGAUGGGCGCAGUACCUCUCACACCUGCAAUCAGGAUCCUCAGAGCUUCAUCACAUCUUCAGCUGCUUAAGGACCAUUGACUCAACUAAUAUUGACCCACUUCUCUUACUCAAAGCUGCCCUCAUUCUUCAGGCCUGUCAGCGCUGCCCUCUAGUGUUAGCAGGCUGUAUUCUUUUCAGAGGAAGAGUUGUAAGCACACAGAUGUCUCCAGAGCUCACAAUGAAGGUGAUGGUUCAUGAGAGUGAAACCUACACCAAGAUGAUGGCCCAGAGGCCCAGUGGACAGAGUACCUCCAGCCCAUUUGGCACUGUUGUCAGCUCCACUACUGUGUUCCUGACCAUGUCUGAACUUCAGUACGUGCAAUCCUACCCUGUCGACAAAGAUUUCAGUUCCCAUUCUACUCCAUACAAAGACACUACCCCAACGAAGGCCCGCCUGUCAAGAACGUUAUCUGACACGCCCUCCACUGAGUCAGAGCCAUCUGAUCCUGGUUGCUCCCAGUCGCCCCAGAAGUUGUUCUUCAGCCCUCACUUGUCAGACAACUCCGUGUUUAGCCCAUUUCCAUCACAGAGCACUGCUGAUCCACUCAACCCCCCACCACAGUCGCCCAAGCCUCCUGUCCCAAAUGGAAAACACUCCCAUGGAGCUGAGGAGGAGGCGCUGGAGGAGUCGUAUUAUCACAGUUUUCACAGCAACGGAGGUGGAGGCAGCCAGAUACAUAACGACAGAGACAGUUCAGCGUUUGAAGAAAACUCACGUCUAAAUGGAGUUGGAGGAGGUGGAGACACGGCGUGUGGGACAGUGUUUGACUUCAGAGGGGCUGAGUCUGCGAAUGAAGAAUCACAUGACGAUAAGGUUUUGGAAGAGGCCAGCAGAGGUGGCCGUGGGAGUGCUCAAGGCCGCAAGGCAGAGAUUCAAGAUUCUCCUCCUUGCUCUGGUGCUUUGGACAGCCCAGAGGAGAGUCCGCUGAUUCCCAUGACGCUGUACCUGCACCGGGUUAAAGGCUUGGUGCUGGCUCUGCUGGUGGAGCCUCACUUCUUGAGUGACACAGCUUCUAUAGAGGAAGUGUAUCACAGCAGCCUGGCGUCACUCAAUGGACUGGAGGCCCAUUUGAGGACCAUCUCCCCAGUGGCCCCGGGCGCUCCAGGAACCUACAUCUUUGCCCAUUUUGACUGCAUUCAGAGCACGCUGACAACCAACCUGUCUGGUCGACCAGGGGGAGCCCCAGAGCGUCCCUUUGUGAGAGCCACAUCACUUCUUCACUCGCAUUUCUGUAACACUGGAACUCUGCAGGAGGCUAUUAUCAGGAGUGCUGGUGCUGCUGUGUAUGGAAGCAGCAGUGUGGCCCAGGAGACUUACUUCCAGCAGCAAGGGGGAUCACUGAGGAACUCGGGCAUCCCUAACCACCAAGACAGUGCUUUCUCGCUGCCCAGCAAGGCCCGACACAGACUACUGAAACACGGGGUUAACCUGCUCUGACAGGACAACAUCCUGACAUCUCCUCUCGAUGUUCAAAAGGAGUAUUUUGUUAAAAACUGUCCUGUGAGUAACCUUUAAAAUCAACAGAGAAAAUGUGAGAAUAUGAUUUAAAGCUUCUUCUGUUUCGUAGCUUGUUUACUUGUUCCUACAACAGAUUGUAUGAUAUUAGCAUAUUCUGUGCUGUGAAGCCUUAUGACACUCAUAUUCACUAGCAGAACUUAGUAUUUUUUAAAUUUGUAUCAUAACUAUGAAUUUGCUGUGACAGAGAAGAUGGUUGGUAAAGGUUUCGUUUACAAUGAGGUUUUAGUCAUAGUUUCAGUUGUUUCAAUGUUUGUUUGAAUACAGUUUGUCCACAUUUCAUUUCUGUUACCUUUUGUAUCCACAAUUUUGCUGCAUUAAGCUCCUGUUUGCACAUUGCACUCAUUUUGAAACCUUUUCACUUUACUGAUAUUUUCUGUUCAGUCAAAUCCCCAUGAAUGGAAUAAUUCCUCUUACUUGUAUUUAUUUAUGUAAUAGGAAAUUUAGACUAAAGCAAGAUUAAAUCGUUAUACUACUUAAUGCAUUUGUGCAGACGCAAGCUUUUCCUUGCUGCACAUACUGCAAAACUGUAUUGGCUUAUUACACAAAUGUCUAAAAUAACCCAAAAUAGUUUUGAUAAAAAAUGUCUAUUUAUUUCAAAUCGACUCUUUGGUAACAAAAAAAGUGUUAUUUAACUAUUCAGCUAUUAGAUCCACAUCCCCCCCCCCCCCUUGAAAGUGUCAUUUGUUAAAAUAAUGUAUGUAUUCUGAAGCUUGCUGAGAAGAGAUGCACUGUGGUAUACUGCAGUGCAUUAUUAGUGGAAAUUAAAUGAAUACAUGAUCCUCACA